CGUCUACCUAUGUAUAUAAAAACGGGUUGCAUUUUAAGCAACGCCAGUUUUCUAAAUCGUUUUAUUAAAAGUUUUUGAAGCAUGAAGCAUAAUUUUGUGAUUGAAAUUUUUAUAUUAACGAUAUUUUUAUGUGUGAUACAAUCUAAUUCGGAUUAUGAUUAUUAUUGGAGAGAUUAUGAUGGUUCAAUCCCCCCGGAUGCAGUAUCAGCAGCUUAUGGACUUUAUAUAGGACAAAAAUUUCAAAAAUGUACCUUAAUUCCUGGUUCUAUAUACUCCCAAAAUCAAACGUUUAUUGGUGAAUAUGUUGGAAAAUUUGAAACCAAAGAUGAUGUUAAAAUAUUAUGUUCAUCUAGAGUUUUGAAAUGGGUUACUGUUAACAUGGAGAAAUUUUUUUAUGAGGGGAAUUUAAUUCCUUCUGAGUAUUGUAAAUUAGUUCCUGGUGGAUAUCAAGAUGCUGGUAAUUAUCGGUGGUACAUUGGGAGAGUUUUCCAUGAAAAUAUGUGGAAAGUAAGCAAAGUGGAUUUGCGAAAUUUUAAAGCUUUAAGCGUAUGGAGUAUUAAUGGGAGUUACGAACGAGUAAAAAAUUUUGAAAUGUUAGUUGUAUGUAAAAUAAAUUUAUGAAGAAAAUUCAAUAAACUCAACAACCAUCAAUUCAAGCAAAAAAUAAAAAAUAUCUUAUAGGUACAA